UUCCGGCCUUCUGUCGCCGUCACUUCCGGCCUCUUCUCCGCGCGCGGAUUCCGAACGGGCGGCCGGCCGAGGGCCGAAGCGGAGCCCCGGGAUGGCGCGGCCGUCGCGGAGAAAUAAGAAAGCAGUUGAUUAUUCUCAGUUUGGCAGUGUGGAUGAAGAUGAUGAUGAUGAAGAUUUUGCAAAUAUAACUGCACCUUCAAGCAAAAAAUUAAAGAGGACAUGCUCUGAGUUGACAAAGAAAAAAAUUGAGCAAAAGCCCCCCAAACAGGAGAUUCAGAUCCAAAAGAGUUCACCUAACAAAAGACUUCCCUUGGAUCACAGACUUUACCAGAGAGAUUUGGAAGUUGCCUUAGCAUUAUCAAUGGAUGAACCACCAGGAAGGAAGCAUAAAGUACAAGAUUCACAGAAACAAGCUGAAGAAUCUGAGGGUGAUUCCAGCUUCGGUGAAGAUGAUGAUGUUGAAUUCGUUGUGAAGAAGAAAGCUACAGGAAACAGAAAAGAAGGAAGGAAGCGAAAUGCUGAAAGCAACAAGAAGGAAAAGAAGAAUUCCAAAUCAGAGAGGGAUUCGAUAGGAGGUGAUGGGACCAUGGGGCUACUUCCAGACAAAUCUGAACCAGCUUUGCAGAAUUUGUCAAGUUCUCUAGAACAGAUUGGACUGCCUUUGACAGCAUCUAGUCCUUCUUUGGCCAAGAAGCCUAACUGCACGUCACCAGCUACGUCUGGAAGCAGUGCCAUGCAGCUGGGAAGAAGCCACGGGAAAUCGCCCACACAAGGUCUCAGGCUUGGCCUCUCUAGGUUGGCAAGAGUGAAAUCACUGCACCCGAGUUUUGCCAGUACCUGAGUGCCUGCGCUGGCUUCAGAGGGUCACAAAUUGAAAUUAAAUCCUUUGGGUGUGGUGUAGAAUUUUUUUUAAUUGCGGAUUUUGUUUCAGGCAAUAUAUAUUUAUCAUUCUGAAUGAGAUAAAGUUGAUGCAUUUUUAAAAAGAUUUCAUUCUCAAAAAGUGUAAAGUGUGAGGUAUUGACAACACUUAAACUCCAAUGUUGUUGUCACACACACACACACACACACC